AUGAAAUUGAAGACUCAAUUGUCUCACAUUUACCACACGUUUGAGACACAACUCACGGCUGAAGACAAAUACAACUACAAUGAGUUGACACAUGAGUUGCUGCCAUUGGAUGCGGGCUUUCAACUGAAACACCGAACGGAAAGCACCGGUAAUUCAGCGGUUGAGUGGACGACACCCGCGGAUCUACUCAUCGCUCGUAUGAUCACUGAUUCGCCUCAAGAUAUGGUCACAAGUUAUAGACUGCCCGACAAAAGGGGCAACAAAUCAAUGGUAAACGUGUCCGCGAGAAGACGCGGAAAGCGACCGAUGGUUACCACCGAAUCCACUGUCGAUGAACUGGAAGUUAUGCGACAGAAGUUAACCACUCGGGAGUGGAUAUCGGAUGAGCUGACCCGCCGUAAUGUGUGUCCAUCGCAACCAUUAAGUGGUAACAUUAAGAGCGAACCUCUUGAGUCUCAAACCGAUGACAGCGUGUCGUUUGAAUGGACGACAGCCGCCGACCAAUCCAUUGGCGAUAGUAUUGUUAAGAAAGUUAAACGACGCCCAAAAGGAGUGUCCGAUUGCACGCCCGAAGAGCUCGAGAUUUUGCGCCAGAAGUUUGUCAAUAGGGAAGGCAUUUGGGAUGAGUUGACCGGACAUUACGUGUGCCCGAAGAGCGAUUGUAAAGCCGCGUACGAACAGAUCAACGAUCUGUACCGACACAUGCGUUCAGUGCAUAGAUUGCCAUCGAGUGGUCCAGAGUUUCAGAAGCGGAUCGAUUCGCACACCAAUGAGUACUUCGAUGUCGACACCAAUUGCUAUGUCUGUACGGAAGGCGACUGUCGAGAGAGGAUUCAAAAACAGUUUGCUUUUUAUCGACACCUAAUCAACGCUCACAACAAAGUGCCGGACAUUGUGUGCGAUGUCUGCGGCAAAGCGUUCAAACGUACGGGCGAUCUGACCACUCAUCAGCGACUCCACGCGGACCCGCUUAAAGCCCAUCACUGCCCGCUGGAGGGCUGCGACUACCGGUGCCGUAACAAACAGCUGCUCGAACAGCAUAUGGUGGGCCACUCGGACGCGCGACCCUAUCAGUGCGAUCACGUGGACUGCGAUAAGCGGUUUAAGACGGCCUCCAAUUUGAGAGUCCACUCGGAGACACACAUCGCCGACUUCCAGAUCAAGUGCUAUAUAGACGGCUGCGACCUCUGGUUUAAGAACCGAUGGAUCCGCAAACGUCACGUCCAUUUGGCGCACAAGGGUUUGACGCCCGAAGCGCUCAAACAGUCGCGCAAGUCGUGGCCAUGCGAUUGGCCCGGAUGUGAGUUCGCCGGCAGUAAUGCGGCGCUCAUUAUGCAUAAGCGGGUCCACACGGGUGAGCGGCCCUUCGCCUGCGAUUGGCCCGAAUGUGGCAAACGGUUCCGUUUAAAGGCACACCUCAACGAUCACAAGAAUAUUCACAUUAAUUUUAAGCCAUUGAUGUGUCACUGGCCCGGCUGUGGCUACCGGUGCAACGAUUCCGGCAAUCUUCGCAAACAUAUCCGCACUAAACAUAAAUAG